CAAUUGUCAUAAGCUAUAUACUGUCCACCGGUUAGACAGAGACACCACUGGAGUGCUAUUGUUGGCCAAAACACAGGAAAUGGCCAAACGUUUGAAUCAAAUGUUUUGCGAGCAACAAAUUAUUAAGAGAUACCUGUGUGUAACACGUGGUGUGCCAGACAAUCUCGAGGGCAUCAUUGAUAUACCCUUAGAGAUGGGUCGGUGCGAAGGAAAGGAGAGAAUGGUGUUGAGACCGGAAGCGCUCGAAGAGUACAAACAUAAAGUAAAAUCAGCGAAGUUUGCCAAACGGGCGGUCACUCAAUACAAAGUUGUCUCGCAAUAUGGAAAUGCGGCUCUAAUUGAGGUAUGGCCCAAAACAGGUAUUCGCCAUCAAAUUCGUGUUCAUUUAGGGUUUGGUUUGCGGUGUCCCGUAUUGGGUGACCACAAGUACUCACAUUUAGACAAAAUAGCGCCACAAAAGCUGACCGCAGAUAUGCUAUUGGCGUUGAAUGUGAGACAGGCAAAGGUGCGACACAUACCCAUGCACUUACACGCCAGACAAUACUUGUUGCCCAGCACUGGC